AUGAAGCGUAUUAUUGUCUGUCCUGCAUGGUUGACGUCAUCAGUGCUUCGUCGGACCAAAAGUUCUUCUUCAGAUGCUUUUAAGAAGAUACAGACUCGGAUAAAAGUAAGCAUUAAAAAGAUCCCGAUUAGUAGAUUGGAGCCUCAGAAGAUGUUCUCUUCUGUAUUCAGGAUGGAUUUUUUGAUUCCUUUUGCUGAAUAUUUCCUUUCGGCGGUUAUUUAUAUUUCUUGUUUAAGUAUUCUUCCUUGUAUGGGAUUCAUUAAGAUAUUUAUCGUUUUAUUUUUGAUACUGCUACUUGUGCUUCCAAUUACACGGCCUUUUUUUCAUCCUUCUCUUCCUAUUACAUCCUGGUUAAUUCUUUUUUAUGCUUGCAGAUUUAUUCCUUCUUCUAUGAGGCCCCGUAUAUGGGUUUCUGUUUUACCGACUUUAGAGAACAUUGUAUAUGGUGCUAGUUUGAGUAAUCUUCUUUCAAAACAUACAUAUUUUUUUUUGGAUAUUUUAGCAUGGAUUCCAUAUGGUAUCAUUCAUUUUGGUGCCCCUUUUGUUACAUCAAUUAUUGUAUAUUUAUUUUCUCCUCCUGGAACUCUUCCUGUUUUUGCAAAAAGCUUUGGAUAUUUAAACUUGAUCGGUGUAAUUAUUCAGCUUGCAUUUCCAUGUUCUCCUCCAUGGUAUCAAAAUGUGUAUGGAAAUCAACCUGCAAACUAUACUAUGGAAGGAUCAGCAGGAGGUCUUGCAAGAAUUGAUGGAUUUUUUGGUACAAAAUUAUAUACAUCUACUUUUCCUGCAUCACCAUUGGUAUUUGGUGCUUUUCCAUCAUUACACGCAGGUCAUGCAAUGCUUGAAGCAUUGUUUUUAAGUCACAUUUUUCCAAAAACAACCCCUUAUUUUGUAGUAUAUGUACUUUGGUUAUGGUGGUGUACCAUGUAUUUAACACAUCAUUAUUUUGUCGAUUUAAUAGGAGGAAGUUGCUUAGCUACUAUUAUUUUUUAUAUUGCACAACAUAAUUAUUUACCUCAUAUACAACCUGGAAAUCUAUUUCGAUGGGAUUAUCAUUAUACAAUAUUUAAUUUAUCUAGAACAGAUGAUCCAGAGAUUCCUUUAUCUCGUAACAUAUUUGAUCAAUAUGGGUCUAUACAAAAUGGAUUGAUGAAUAAAUAUUUUUAUAAUGACUAUGCGUCUCCUUCUGAUUCAUUUUUUACAUGUUCAUGUACUAAUAAACUAGUAAAAAGGAGUUGUUCCAUAUCUUCCACUAUUUGGGAUGAAGAGAUAAUUGAUUGUAUUAAUACGCCUAAUUCACUCUAUGAUACUGAUAAUUCAGGGGAUAUUGACAUUGUUAUUAAAUAA